GGACACAACAAGUGGAGUAAAGUCAAACAUACCAAAGGUGCCAAGGACGCAAAGAAAAGCAAGCUAUUUUCGAAACUAUCCCUAGAAAUAGUGUCUGCUAUCCGAGCCUCUGGAAACUCCGAUCCUGCUCUUAAUGCCAAACUUUCAUCCGUAUUGAACCGUGCCAAGGCAGCUAGUAUGCCCAAGGAUAAUAUUGAAACUGCCAUGAAAAAGGCGGCUUCAAAGGAUAAGGAUACUGUUGAGGACGUGUUAUACGAAUGUUAUGGCCCUGGCGGUAUUGCUAUGAUUAUCGAAGCUGUGACUGACAAGCCAACUCGGACGAUCAAAGAAGUAAAAGAAGUGUUAAAUCGAACAGGCGGCUCUGUAUCGUCCGUCGGUUGGCUCUUUGAUAAAAAGGGCAAGGUCGUGUUUGCUGCUGGAGAAUCUGGACAUUCUUUAGAGCAAAUGAUGGACUCGGCUAUCGAAGCUGGAGCAGAGGAUAUUGAAGAUGAAGAAGAACUCGUCCAGAUAAUAUGCGACUUCUCUCAACUGGCGAAUGUUACUCGAACACUGACUUCACAACAAUAUGAAGUUCAACGAAUGGAAGCAGCAUACGUCCCACAGAGUACAAUGGAUAUAACAGACAAGGAAAUGGUGGAACAAGUAGAACGUUGUUUGGAUGAUAUGGAAAAUUUGGAUGAUGUAGUCAAGAUUCACUGCAAUGUUGUCAUACCCCACGAUCAGGAACAAGAAGACGCAUAA